AACACGGCGGCCGCAUUCGCUCCGAACGUCAACCGCUCGAAGACCACUGUGCCACUGUGCCACCGCGCGAGUGCGUGCUACACCGUGUUCCGUUAUCAAAGCGAAGAGUACAGAACAGUCGGGAUUCCCUCGGUCUCUCUUCGGACCGCGCCCCUACAUCGCCGUCGUCCGCGCCAGGUCGUUCCAUUCUCGUUUUCGUGCUGUUCGAGUCGCUGAAGGAUCGUCGGGGUCCCCGUCCAUCGCCGGUGCGCGCCGGGAACACGACGCCGCGAGAACGCGGCCGCGCAGCUGCGCGUGCGACCGGGGUACGCGCGCUCGCGCGUGCGUGAGAGCGCGUGCCUCUGUGUUUGCGUGUGUAUGUGGAUGUGUGCGCAUGUGUCGCGUGCGCGCGCGCGCGCGCUGGAGUGAGUGAUUCGAGAUCGUCGGGCGCUCGCGUCCGUGUAUGCGAGCGGGACCGCGUGCGGGCGGUUCCCACACGACGUCGUCCGUGCAACAAGUGUCAGGAGACGACGGCGGCGGCGGCGGCGGCGGCGUUUGUAGCGUUUGUAGUCGUUAAAACACUGUGCGGUGCCACGGAAUACGCUACGUGCAUGGUGGAUCGGCGCGCCAGACAGGAUCGCACGAUCGGCGACGGAAUCGCGGCGCCUACGGCCUACGGAGUUAUCGUCGCUGUCAGCACCGUCACGGCGACGUGCUUGAGAAGAAGAGACCGUCACCGGUGAGGGCGCGGGGAUGGGCUGCGCCGUGAGCACCACCGGCGAGAAGGAGGCCGCCGAGCGGUCCAAGAAGAUCGACAAGGACCUCCGCGCUGAUGGCGAGCGCGCCGCCGGCGAGGUCAAGCUCCUGUUGCUCGGUGCUGGGGAGUCGGGCAAGUCCACGAUAGUGAAGCAAAUGAAAAUUAUUCACGAGACUGGCUACAGUAAAGAGGAAUGCGAGCAAUACACCCCAGUGGUAUACAGCAACACAAUACAAAGUCUAAUGACGAUAAUCAGGGCCAUGGGGGAUCUUAGAAUCGACUUUGCUGAACCUAGUAAAGCGGAUAUGGCGCGGCAAUUUUUCACCCUAGCAUCGGCGGCGGAGGAGGGCGAGCUGACUGGGGAACUAGUGCUAUUAAUGAAGCGAUUAUGGCAGGACCCGGGGCUGCAGCUCUGUUUCGCGCGUAGCAGGGAAUACCAGCUCAACGAUUCGGCAGCGUACUACCUUAACGCACUUGACCGCAUAACGCAACAUAAUUACAUCCCGACGCAGCAGGAUGUUCUGCGAACGCGCGUCAAAACCACCGGAAUCGUGGAGACACAUUUCUCUUUCAAGGGCCUACACUUCAAAAUGUUCGACGUUGGCGGCCAGCGGUCCGAGAGAAAGAAGUGGAUACAUUGUUUCGAGGGUGUUACUGCAAUCAUUUUUUGCGUCGCUCUGAGUGGCUAUGACCUGGUGUUGGCGGAAGAUGAGGAGAUGAAUCGGAUGAUAGAAUCGAUGAAACUGUUCGACUCGAUUUGUAAUAGCAAGUGGUUUGUCGAAACAUCGAUCAUAUUGUUCCUGAAUAAAAAAGACCUGUUCGAAGAGAAGAUCACCAGGAGCCCGCUCACCAUCUGCUUUCCGGAGUACAAAGGGUCCAAUACUUACGAGGAGUGUGCUUCUUACAUCCAGAUGAAGUUCGAAAAUUUGAACAAAAGAAAAGAUCAGAAGCAGAUCUAUACGCACUUCACGUGCGCUACAGACACGUCUAAUAUACAGUUUGUGUUCGAUGCCGUGACCGACGUAAUAAUCAAGAACAACUUGAGUAAUUGCGGAUUAUUGAGUUAAACAUUCCAAUACUCGAUCAGGAAACGAAAGAAUGUAUCUUAACUCACGUUGACAAUUCGUUGAUCUUCACGUAUAUACGUAAGAAAUGACGAAGAGACUGAUCGAAAGUUCUAAGAGAGGCGUAUCCGUAAACACGACUACAUUAUGCGAGGAUUUUAUUUACAGAUACACAUUAGGCUCUUGAAAUAUUUUAUCACGGUAUCAUGUAAUUUUUUACUCGAUCCUACAGUUUGCAAUGAAAUAUCUUUUGUAAAAAAUUCUGCGUAAAAGUAUCUGGAGAUUUUUAGUACGAAUGUUAUUCCUUAACUUAUUGAUUUUAUGUGUUCGGCGAUUAGUUUAACGAAAUUGAUUGUCGAAUUUGAUUUUCAAAUCAUGAACAAAAUAUUCAAAGAUAUUCGGGAGUCGAAUAUCAGGCUGAAGCAUUUUACGUUAUCAUCAAGGUUCUUUUACGCACUGUUUUAUAAAUGUGCAGUAAUUAUUUUUGGAAAAUUAAUUUACAGAUAUUUAUAUUGUGAUCUAAUUAAACAAUCAUAUUCAAUGAAUAUAAAAAGAAAUUCUCAACAAGAAUUGACACCAAAUUUUCUGUACAAAUUAGUUAACUCUAUUAUAUCUAAUGUUGAUUAGAUAUAAUAGAGUUUAGCAUUUAACAUUACUCAAACGCUAAAACAAGAACUUUAUUUCACAUUCAACUACUAAACCUAGAUGAUGAAAUUGCUAUCUAAGAUAUUACUUAUGUUAAUCUAUAGCGAAUGACCGCUUGAUACAUAACUGACUGAAAUUUUAUUACACAAUUGAUCAUGGCCACACCUAUUCAAAUGAGAGGACAGUGGUUACAGUUAUUUGGACCCAGUAAAUCACAUCUAAGUAGCUCAUUAAUAAUGCAUUGAAAGAGACUCGCAAAGCACUUUGUAUGUGCGUUUUAGCAUUUGAAAAACGACCUUCUAUUAGAUAUUAUAAAGUCAAUUAAUUCGAACAAGAAAAUCCAGUGCUAGUUCUUAUUGGCAAUUUCUUUUUAUAUUCAUUGAAUGUUUCAUAUAGCUUUUGAUCGAAUUAUUAAUUUUAAAUAAUUAUAGCUUUAAAAGGAUUUUAAUUCCUUAGUGUUUAUUUCUUCUUACGUUAAUACAUUUUUUUUUAAAGAGAUGACAAUAUUUGCUUCUAGCCAGUGCGCAGAAGAAAAAAGGAAAAAAUUUGGUGAUAAUGUUGAAUAUUUUGUUUACUUAUUCCCGAUUAAGAAGAUCAGAAAUGUUUGUUUCCGCUAAAUGUAUUUAACUGUACUAACCAAGAACUAGAUAGUUAUAAUAUUAAUUUAGUGAUAUCUUCUUGUAUAUAAUUUAUUACGCUAAAAGUGAUUACGAACUAAGUGAAAAUACGUCAUAUCUACUUGCAUUAUAAUGAUAAAUAGAAAUUUAACAGACAUCGAACACAGCUCUCUGUGCUUCUUUUUUUACAGUAUAUAUUUAUCAAUUUGAGAAGAAAAUUUUUAUACAAGUUUCUCUUUUAUAUAUAUUAUAUAUAUUAAGUAAUAAAAUCGCGAGGAAUGUCGUUCUCAUUCCCCGCUUCGCCAAACGUAACGACAAAGUUAGUAUUAAUACACAAGACACAAAUCGAAAUCAAAUCUCUUUAUACAGCUUAGAUCAAUAAAUGAAAUCUUCUUUUUUUUUAAA